CCCGCUUUCCGUUCCGAGAGCCGCGAUCGGCCGGCUGAGGGGAGCCGGGGCGCGGGCGUCUGCGCUGCCGCCACCGCCGAGGAGCCGGCGCCGAGCCCGCGAUGGAAUAAUGCCCAGCGGCCCGCCCGGUCCCGGUAAUUUUCUGAUGUGACGGCUGAGACAUGAGAUCUUCAGCCUCCAGGCUCUCCAGUUUUUCAUCAAGAGAUUCACUAUGGAAUCGGAUGCCGGACCAGAUCUCCGUCUCCGAGUUUAUCGCCGAGACCACCGAGGACUACAACUCGCCCACCACGUCCAGCUUCACCACGCGGCUGCACAACUGCAGGAACACCGUGACGCUGCUGGAGGAGGCUCUAGACCAAGAUAGAACAGCCUUACAGAAAGUUAAGAAGUCUGUAAAAGCAAUAUAUAAUUCCGGUCAAGAUCAUGUACAAAAUGAAGAAAACUAUGCACAAGUUCUUGAUAAGUUUGGGAGUAAUUUUUUAAGUCGAGACAACCCAGAUCUUGGCACCGCUUUUGUCAAGUUUUCUACUCUUACAAAGGAACUGUCCACACUGCUGAAAAAUCUGCUCCAGGGCCUGAGCCACAACGUGAUCUUCACCUUGGAUUCCUUGUUGAAAGGAGACCUAAAGGGAGUCAAAGGAGAUCUCAAGAAGCCAUUUGACAAAGCUUGGAAAGAUUAUGAGACAAAGUUUACAAAAAUUGAGAAGGAGAAAAGGGAGCACGCCAAACAGCACGGGAUGAUCCGCACGGAGAUCACCGGAGCUGAGAUCGCGGAAGAAAUGGAGAAGGAGAGGCGCCUCUUUCAGCUCCAAAUGUGUGAAUAUCUCAUUAAAGUUAACGAAAUCAAGACCAAAAAGGGUGUGGAUCUGCUGCAGAAUCUGAUAAAGUAUUAUCACGCACAGUGCAAUUUCUUUCAAGAUGGCUUGAAGACAGCUGAUAAAUUGAAACAGUACAUUGAAAAACUGGCUGCUGAUUUAUAUAAUAUAAAACAGACCCAGGAUGAAGAAAAGAAACAGCUGACUGCACUCCGAGACUUAAUAAAAUCCUCCCUUCAACUUGAUCAGAAAGAAGAUUCCCAGAGCCGGCAAGGAGGAUACAGCAUGCAUCAGCUCCAGGGCAACAAGGAGUAUGGCAGUGAGAAGAAGGGGUACCUACUGAAGAAAAGCGAUGGGAUCCGGAAAGUGUGGCAGAGAAGGAAGUGCUCCGUCAAGAACGGGAUUCUGACCAUCUCCCACGCCACAUCUAACAGGCAGCCCGCCAAGUUGAACCUUCUCACCUGUCAGGUGAAACCGAAUGCCGAGGACAAGAAGUCUUUUGACCUGAUAUCACAUAAUAGGACGUAUCACUUUCAGGCAGAAGAUGAGCAGGAUUAUGUAGCGUGGAUAUCAGUGCUGACGAACAGCAAAGAAGAGGCCCUCACCAUGGCCUUCCGUGGAGAGCAGAGCACGGGGGAGAACAGCCUGGAGGACCUGACGAAAGCCAUCAUUGAGGACGUCCAGCGGCUCCCAGGCAAUGAUGUCUGCUGCGACUGCGGCUCGUCAGAACCCACCUGGCUUUCAACCAACUUGGGGAUUUUGACCUGCAUAGAAUGUUCCGGCAUCCAUAGAGAAAUGGGGGUUCAUAUUUCCCGCAUUCAGUCUUUGGAACUAGACAAAUUAGGAACUUCUGAACUCUUGCUGGCCAAGAAUGUAGGAAACAAUAGUUUUAAUGAUAUUAUGGAAGCAAAUUUACCCAGCCCCUCACCAAAACCCACCCCUUCAAGUGAUAUGACUGUACGGAAGGAAUAUAUCACUGCAAAGUAUGUAGAUCAUAGAUUUUCACGGAAGACCUGUUCAUCUUCGUCAGCUAAACUGAACGAAUUGCUUGAGGCCAUCAAAUCCAGGGAUUUACUUGCACUAAUUCAAGUCUAUGCAGAGGGGGUAGAGCUAAUGGAACCGCUCCUGGAACCCGGACAGGAGCUCGGGGAGACAGCCCUUCAUCUUGCAGUCCGAACUGCAGACCAGACAUCUCUCCACUUGGUUGACUUCCUUGUACAAAACUGUGGGAACCUGGAUAAGCAGACGGCCCUGGGGAACACGGCUCUGCACUACUGUAGCAUGUAUGGUAAACCUGAGUGUUUGAAGCUGCUUCUCAGGAGCAAGCCCACCGUGGAUGUCGCUAACCAGGCUGGAGAGACUGCCCUGGACAUAGCAAAGAGACUGAAGGCCACCCAGUGUGAAGAUCUGCUUUCCCAGGCUAAAUCUGGAAAGUUCAAUCCACAUGUCCACGUAGAAUAUGAGUGGAAUCUUCGACAGGAAGAGAUGGAUGAAAGCGAUGAUGAUCUGGAUGACAAAGUGAGUCCGAGCCCCAUCAAGAAAGAGCGCUCCCCCAGACCUCAGAGCUUCUGCCACUCCUCCAGCAUCUCCCCGCAGGACAAGCUGUCAUUGCCGGGCUUCAGCACUCCGCGGGACAAACAACGGCUCUCCUACGGCGCCUUCACCAACCAGAUCUUUGUCUCCACAAGCACAGACUCACCCACAGCGCCGACUGCGGAGGCACCCCCGCUGCCUCCUAGAAACGCCGGGAAAGGUCCAACUGGCCCACCUUCAGCACUCCCUCUAAGCACCCAGACCUCUAGUGGCAGCUCCACUCUGUCCAAGAAGAGGCCUCCUCCCCCACCGCCCGGACACAAGAGAACCCUAUCCGACCCUCCCAGCCCACUACCUCACGGGCCCCCAAACAAAGGCGCAGUUCCUUGGGGUAACGACGUGGGUCCAUCAUCAUCGAGUAAGACCGCUAACAAGUUCGAGGGCCUGUCCCAGCAGUCGAGCACCGGUUCUGCAAAGACUGCCCUUGGCCCAAGAGUUCUUCCUAAACUACCUCAGAAAGUGGCACUAAGGAAAACAGAGACCAGCCAUCAUCUCUCCCUCGACAAAGCCAACGUCCCGCCCGAACUCUUUCAGAAGUCAUCACAGUUAGCAGAGUUACCGCAGAAGCCGCCACCCGGAGACCUGCCCCCGAAGCCCACGGAACUGGCUCCCAAACCCCCAAUCGGAGACUUGCCACCUAAGCCGGGAGACCUGCCCCCCAAGCCGCAGCUCGCAGACUUGCCUCCCAAGCCACAGGUGAAGGACCUGCCGCCCAAGCCGCAGCUGGGAGACUUGCUGGCGAAACCCCAGGCGGCAGACGCCUCUCCCAAGGCCCAGCCGCCCCCAGAGCUCGCCCCCAAGUCACACCCGGCCGAUCUCUCCCCGAAUAUCCCGAAGCAGGCGUCCGAGGACUCCAACGACCUCACGCCCACCCUGCCGGAGACGCCCGUGCCGCUGCCCAGGAAGAUCAACACGGGGAAAAGUAAGGUGAGGCGAGUGAAGACCAUCUAUGACUGCCAGGCAGACAAUGACGACGAGCUGACCUUCAUGGAGGGCGAGGUGAUCGUGGUCACCGGAGAGGAAGACCAGGAGUGGUGGAUCGGGCACAUCGAAGGGCAGCCCGAGAGGAAAGGGGUCUUUCCGGUGUCCUUUGUCCACAUCCUGUCUGACUAGCAAAAAGCAGAACCUUCAGACUGUCUGCACCUGUCAUGCAAGACUGCUGCGUCCACGUGGCCCUGUGCUCACCGUGUAUAUAGCUGCUGUCACUGAACGGGAGGCUCCCGGAGGGGCCGCCGCGGGAGGGGAACGUAGCGUGUGUUGUGAAUGCCCUGUGGUCUCUGCCUUCGCCAGUAUUAGGGUAGCCUCGGGACCCGGUGCGCCUUACUGGUUUGCCAAAGCCGUCCUUGACAUCUAGCACUUACAUCUCUCUCUAUGCUGUUUUCCAAGCCAACAAACAAAAACAGGAAUAUAGGAACUGCUGGCUUUGCAAAUAGAAGUGGUCUCCAGCAGCCGUUGAAGGGCAUAGAGUUGCCUCUCUGUUCCUGACGAUACAGUAUUCUCCAUUGUGUUACUGAAAAUGCACCAUUAGCAAAGAGGUGGGUUCUGUUUUCCAGGUGAAACUUUCGGCUCCAUGACAGACCAGCCUGUAGUUAUCUGUGUACACAGUUUACAGCUAGAAAAACCGACCUUGGUAUUUAUUACAGAAAAGUGCUCAGUUAAAUAUAAGUGUUAUUCCUUGAGCAAAAUAUUCACUGACCCAAAACCUUGGGUGGCAUUCUGCAGUGCCCAAAGCCUCAUGCAAGUUUAGACAAGUGGGUUUGCACUGUCUUAAGAGGAUGAGUACCCGCCCCUGAGAUAUUACCUCAUUAUGCAAAAAUAACAUAUCCUUCAUGACUAUUUUCACAGAAGUUUAAGACAUCUGAUGAAGUUCAACUUUCAGGAACCAAGGACUGCCAGAAAAUAUUAGCCUCUACAUUAUGCAUGCAUUUAGAAGCUUACCUGAAAUCUGCCUUUUAUAAAGGAAUAGUAUGGAUAAGUUGAACUGUACAUUUUUUAAACUUGAUUGCCAUUAAAGGAGAAAUUAUAAGGUUGCAACAGUAUUUGCUUCCAGUCAGUCAUUUGGCUUUCUCGAGAGUAUGCAUCUACAUAUCCCGUUACGAAUUAGCAUCCUUCAGAUGUGCUAACGCCCCCAAUGUGUCCAUUUUAAAGUCUCUUCUGAGUUUUGUUCUUGAUAAAUUUAAACUUUCAAAAGAUUAUUCAGGAAGAUGACGAAUUCAAAAGUCAGUUCUGCACGUCAUUUAUCCCCCCUGCAGAAUCCAGGUGCUGAAACCAUCCUUCUCUUUUUCCAUUUUCUUUACUAAGCCCCAGUCAUAGAUAAGUUUUCCGAUCUCCAGCUCUGUUCAACAGACACGUUACCUUCAAGUCAAUUCAUAACCAAGUUUUUGAACGCUGCUAUGAAUUGCACUGUGAAACACGCUCUUCCUGCCGGGAGUCUCUGCCCCUCUCGGUUUCCUUCUCAUCCCAGCUGUGUCCAUCAGACCAUUAAGAAUAUCGUGAGUUUUUCAGUCUUUUACGUCAGUCUGAAUUUGGGGAAAGGAUACAGUCAUUUCGCUCCACAGUCAGUGGGGCUGCUCUCUGAUUCCGAGGCUCGUGUGUCGUUCUGGCGUUAAGUUUGCUUAAACUGCUGUGUUGGCAACAGCACAGAAAACUAAUAUUUUUAAGCAGAUAGUCUUGGCGAUGAGUAAGAAAUGUUCAUUUCACAGAAGCACAACUCCCAACCAAACCCUUAGGGGAAGCCUUCUUUAAUAAAGUCUAGAGUCAGUGCUCAGUGAAUAUUAAUUUAGUUCUGCUUAAGUGAUUACUAUGAAAACUUUGAAUAGCCACCUAAUCAAUAAACCUUGCAUGACAAACCUGCAACGUAUCAGCUGUUAUUGGAAAAUGAUUUUAAGCAAUUGCUUCCUCAGCGUCAUGGCACACGUGAACCCCACACAGAACAAGACACCGGGAGCCAGCCGACGUGCUGGUGUAUGUGGCUGACAGCGUUCACAGCCUCAGUGUCUAAGCCACAUGGGUGUCAGGCCAGGAAGUCACUGUCUGAAGUUAUUUAGUGUCCCAGUUCAUUCAUCUAUACUUCUUAAGUUGUAUUGAAGCACCAUUCAUUUUUGUGGCCUACAGUAUUUUCAACUGAUCUCAAAAUAAACUGGCUUUUUAAAAAAACACAAGAGGUAGAUAUCUAAAAUUACAUGGAGUCAGCGUCUAUUUUUUUCCCCUUUUGGAGUGACUUUUACACAAAUGCCUUUUCUUAAAAAAAAAAAACUUUGGGUUUUGUUUUCUUUCUUCUGGUUUUGUUUUUGUUUUCCAUCAGGAAUUUGAGUUCUCUCUAACCCAGCUUACUGUGGGACAUAGGAAAACUAGGUAUAAGUACCUUUGGCGACCUUGGUUGAGUUUGAAUCUGGUAUUGUUCUUAAACUCAGUGAUCCACUAUCUGCAAUUUUGUACAUGAUAUAGAGUAUUUUGAAGGUAUGGAACCUAUGGAAAAAAUAGCUAAUUAGUUCUUUCUCCCCCCCCCCCCCCGAGGGGAAAGCUAUGUUCUGCAAAUAGUGUGUGUCUUAUUUUCCGGUUGAACAGCAAUUGCUAUUUAUUUUUUUAUUGCCUAGAACUUCCAACAUGUUGUAUAGGAAUCCCAUAGCGCCACGAGUUAAAUUACGAAUUCCCACCUGGAUGUUACGCUCAGACAUCAGUACACUCAUCAUUUCACAUGUAUUUAAUGUGACAGUUUUCAAGUACUGUAUGUGUUCAUUUCUACUUUUUUUAAUAUUUAAAAUUGCUUUUAAAUAAACGUAUUCUCAGUUGAUCCCAA